AAAUUAAUGCUCAUUAGCAUUACUAGUAUUGGCAUUAGUCGUGUUAUUAUCAGUAAAAUAGUACCAAGACUAAAGAGUAUAACCCCGGGUUACAUAAUUAUACUCUUGAUAGUACUAACAGACGCAGUGCACGUAAAACUUCUUGCACUUCGUGAAGACAUGUCGCAGGAUGGAACAGAGCAGCCAGAGGAAACUCACUGGGAGUUGACUGGCGAGUUGGCUCCACCACCUCAUCCAACUGUAAUGUAUGAACAUGCUAAUGCUGCUGCUGCUGCUGCUACUGCUACUGCUGCGACGCUACCUAGACCUAGUGCCGCUGUGGAACCCAGUGUGGCAGUGGCAGGGGCAUUGGUCGAAGACUGUGACCUUGACGUGGAGUCAGCGGGGGGAGCUGGGCUGGCAGCAGCAGCAGAUUCGGGCAAGCAGUUGAAGCACAGCUCACGUCCCGGGCGUAAGGAGAGAGCGUCAAAGACGUUUUCUCAUUUCGUCGCUAUUCCAGUUGUCUCCAGGCAGGUUGAACAUUGUGUGCGCGAGGUCCAGGAGGGUCUGAUCAAGAAGCGCAGUUGGAUGAAAGACGUUGUUGUGCCGCCAGUCAACUUGAAUAUUCUGCUUCUUUGCAUGAACCUGACCGGUCCCGGCAGUAAAGAUGAACAAGAUACAGCAUGUACUAUUGCUGCUGGUCCGGAUGUCAUUAUAAGAGCAGAGGCAGCUUUGCAAAGUUGUGAAGGUGACAUUGCUGAACUGCUGACAAGUUACUCUCAGCCUCCGCUGUUACCGCUUGGCACAAUCUCUAAUUACGGACACAGUGACCUGUUCAUAUCCUCUCCCUCUGACCAUGCUUCUUAUCACUUGAUUCUCAAUCUGCAAAAGGUUAUCUUGAGACGAUUUCAAGAAGUUGGUAUCACCGCUGAAAGCAACGAUUUGCAGCAUUACCGUCCACAUGUACCGUUGGUUAAGGACCGCUCUCGUCGCCUCUGGCAUAGCUUGUGGAAGUCAUGGGCAAAGGAGAAGUUUGGAGACACUCCAUUGCUUGCGGUUCAGCUGCUUGAAGCCAAGUCUAAUAGGGAGCAGCCUCACUCGAUUAUCGCGUCACUUUCGUUGGGAAAAUGGCCGGACAACACACUCGUUGUGGAAGAGGACAUGGAGGAAGUGUCAUGCAGUCUCGGAGAUCCUCUUGCCUCACCAUCAGCAGCACAUAGCCAAGACAGUGCCUGCGGCAAAGCCAGCAGUGACGGUACUAGCAUGCAGGUCUUGGAUUGUAUGGAAGAGGAGGAAUCUGUACCUGAUGGAAUUCAUGGAAGAUUGUCCACAGCAAGCAAGAGGAGGAAGCCGGCAAGAAAGACCAAAUCGGAUGGGCCCAGACCACCUAGACCCACGCAUUUUCUUGGUAUCGCACUCAAAUCUAUAAAGGUACGCAAGGCUGUGGAGAAUCUUCAAGCGGCAAUUCUUGCUGAAAAUGGACGCUUAAAGUUUGCCGUGGAGAAUCCUGUCAAGCUUCACGUUACAUUCUUCAUGUUGACACUGGGUGAUGGGAUAUCGGAAGAGAGUCUAGCAAAGAUUGCCAGGGCUAAUGAGAUCUUGCAGAGCUGCCAGGAGGAUGUGUACAAACUUGUGCAAGCCUACCCUGGAGCAAGCGAGGAGCCUCCCACAGUGAAACUCGACGGUUUGAACAAUUUUGGCCGACACGUCGUAUUUGGAGACUUCCCUGAGGAUCACCCUGGCCUGGUGAUGCUGAGGGGUUUUAACGAGGUACUCCGCUCCAGAUUCACAGAGGCAGGUCUACUGGGUGAAGGCGGUCAUGCCUUUCGUCCGCAUGCAACCAUAUUCAAGGAUGGGCGAAACCAGAUAAGGAGGCAUAUGUGGGAAGACUUCGUUGACACCUCGUUUGGCGACUGUCGGUUGGAGGAGAUUCAGGUACUUAAAAUGGGAGCACCGAAAGGAGAGUUUUACAAGAGCGUCGGCUCCCUUCUCCUAGGAGAAUGGCCAGACGUUAUUGAUGAGGACCCGGAGGAAGAAGCAAUAAUGAGUGGUGGUCAACCUUCCGCUGCGCCAUCUGCUUGUGUAGUUGAUGGUAAUCAGCCUUUGCACGUGGCUGAUGGAGACACCGAGGAUCAAAGCUACUCAGGUAAACUAGCCGAAAGCGUAACGGAACCUUUAGAGGUGGUGUCUGCGAGUGCAUGUACUGAGUGCUGACGGAGAAUAGGUGGCCUUGGAUGUUGAGGGCAAGGAUGACUGCAGCAAUAUCUGGACGCCCUAGUCAGUCCGGUGAGACAGAUCAUGUCCUACCGGUCACAGUAGCCGCUCUGUCCAGCUACACUGAUCGAGUACAAGCUGACUCUUCACUCACAUUUCAAUAUUUGCACCGCAUGUACAGUGACAUGAGGGGGGUUUUAGUUAUAGAAAAUUCUGAAGUAUCUUGCAUUCCACUACCUUCAGAGCUGAAACCUGUCUGAGUGCGAGACAUCACCAGGAGUAUUAUUUUGAGUUCCAUUGCAACGUUGAGGAAUUCCAAAAUGUUACAUGGAUACAUGUAUCUGAGAAUUGUUAUAGAUUGAUCUACUACUAUUAUUAUUAUGUCUGCCGAUCCACGUUCCAUUAUGUCUGCCGAUCCACGUUCCAUUAUGUCUGCCGAUCCACGUUCCAUUAUGUCUGCCAAUCCACGUUCCAUUAUGUCUGCCAAUCCACGUUCCAUUAUGUCUGCCGAUCCACGUUCCAUUAUGUCUGCCGAUCCACGUUCCAUUAUGUCUGCCGAUCCACGUUCCAUUAUGUCUGCCAAUCCACGUUCCAUUAUGUCUGCCGAUCCACGUUCCAUUAUGUCUGCCGAUCCACGUUCCAUUAUGUCUGCCGAUCCACGUUCCAUUAUGUCUGCCGAUCCACGUUCCUUUGAAGCACUAUGAUGUACUGAAGUACGCAUGACAAAUAAUGACGAUGUCUUACCUCAUUAUGAGUCAGUCUUCCUUUGCAUUAUGUCUGCCUAGCUGCCUAGCUGACGUGCCUCUUAAGUGUAAUAUAAUAAUCUUACUGGUUUGACGAGUUCUAGGCUGUCAUGUUUUAACUCCAUUAUGCCACGACAGCAUUGACAUGUCUCUUGGCGUAUACACGGGCUUUUACGGUAUGUAUCCGCAUCUGUUUGACUUGAAGCAGUCAAUAAAAUGAUUGUAUUGUGUGUGCCGUGA